AUGAAGUCGUUUGAUAAUCUAUCACCUAGGUCGGUCACCACCUUCGACGACCUCGCAAGAAAAUUCCUCACCCGAUUCUCAAUUCAAAAAGACAAGGUCAAACAUGCGUCUAGUUUGCUAGGAGUCAAACAAGAGAUUGGAGAAUCCCUCAGAGAUUACAUGGAGAGAUUCAACAAGGCAUGCCUGGAGAUCCAAUAUUUUUCUACCGAAGCAUUAAUAAUGGGGUUGGUCAAUGGUCUCCGAGAAGGGCUUUUCUCCCCAUCUAUCUCAAAGAGGUAUCCGACCUCUUUAAAUGAAGUACAAGAGCGAGCCGAGAAGUACAUCAAUAUGGAGGAGAAUGCCAGGAAAAUUUUCCAUACCGAGAAGCUUCCCCUCCUCGUCCAAUUAAAAAUAAGAAGGGUGGAAGUUGUACUGAAUAUUGCGAAAAAACUGGCUAGGGAAGGUCGGUUGGAUAAGUAUCUCAUAGAAAGGUCGGACAGUCAUGAAAAGAGUAAAAGGGAUGAGGAAGACACCGGCCGAAGAGAUCGUCCCACCCGAACUCCAGAAAGAUAUAUCCACACGAUAGUGGGUGGAUUUGCCGGAGGAGGGCUAACUAAGUCAUUCCGAAAGAGACACUUAAAGGAAGUCUACCAAGUAGAGGAAGAAAUCCCUGACUCUCCAACCAUUUCUUUCACAAAAGAAGACACGCAAGGUAUAAUACCCAGGCAUGAUGAUCCUGUGGUAAUUACCAUGAUACUUGCUAAUGCAAAUCUUCAUAAGACCUUGGUGGACCAAGGAAACUCAGCUGACAUUCUAUUCAAACCUGCUUUCGACAAACUAGUGUUGGAAGAGAAAGAAUUGAAGGCAUACCCAAACAUCCUCUUUCGGUUAGGGGAUACGCCUAUCAGACCAUUGGGCUUCAUUUCCCUACCCACCACCUUUGGUAAAGGGAUAAGGUCCAAAACCUUGACUAUCGACUACAUUGUUGUUGAUGUAGCUUUAGCCUACAAUGCCCUAAUAGGUCGGACAAUCCUGAAUCGACUAGGAGCUGUUGUCUUUAUCCCUCACCUCUGUAUGAAAUUUCCGACACAGGAAGGGAUUGCUACUGUAAGAGGGGAUAAAAAAUUAGCAAGAAAAUACUACAACAAAAGCUUGAAUCUACGUGGUAAAGGUAAAGAAGUCAAUUCAAUUGAAUUCGGCGGAGUCCGAGGUAGAAACGACUUAAGACCACAACCUGAAAGAGAGACAGAGGAAGUGCAGAUCAGGAAUGAAGUCGGAAAAACCACUAACAUAGGAGUUAACCCAGGGACAGAUUUGAAGGAAGAUCUCAUUAAAGUCCUACGCGAAAAUUCCGGCCUCUUCGCUUGGAAAGCGUCCGAUAUGCCUGGAAUUGACCUUGAUCUCAUGACCCACAAGCUCGCAGUGUAUCAUAGAUCCCGACCUGUUUAG